CUUGCACCAGAGCCUGUAAAUCCCAGCUAACGCGUCCUGUGACGUAUUUGAGCAGGUAUUGCAAGGCGAAAGUCAUCUCUCUCACCAACCAACAGCACACACACACACUCUCUCCAGGAUCAUGUUUUGCGCAAUCUCUGGCGAGGCACCCGAGCACCCAGUGGUGUCCAAGAAGAACGGACAGGUCUAUGAACGCCGCCUGAUCGUUAAGUAUAUCGAGGACAAUGGCAAGGAUCCCGUCUCGGGCGAGGAGCUUUCGGUCGAGGAUCUUUUGGAUAUCAAGACUGCGCCCAGCACUGUCAAACCCCGUCCACCUACGAUGACCUCGAUCCCAUCGAUCCUCUCAGUCCUCCAGAACGAAUGGGACUCGAUCAUGCUCGAGACCUUCACGUUGAAGCAGCAGUACCAGCAAGUUCGCCAGGAACUCAGCCAUGCCCUUUACCAGCAUGAUGCUGCCUGCAGAGUUAUUGCCCGACUUAUGAAGGAGCGUGAUGCAGCUCGCGAGGCUCUUGCCAAUGUUCAGGCACAUUUGGGCACAAAGGCUGCGACUGGAGAGGCUGGAGAGACUGCAGAUGUUGCGAUGGAGGACACUACGGGAUUGCCAUCCGAAGUCCGCGAGAAGUUGGAGGCGACAACUGCGGUUCUGUCAAAGACGCGCAGACGUAAGCCCAAUACUACUGCAGAGGCGAUCCAGACCUACAGCCAACGCAAGGUCUUUGCAGGAUUGCAUACGGCUCGCUCACCAGGCAUCACCAGUCUGGAUCUGGAUGCCAAGAAUGGAUUGAUUUUGACAGGAGGUAACGACAAGAACGCACUGGUGUUCAGUCAGUCUGAGGAGAAGGUGGUCGCUACUCUGAAGGGACAUUCGAAAAAGAUUACGCAGGUUGCCUGGACUGGACGCUCAGAGGAGGCUGGAAUGGAUAUGACGUUGACGGCCUCGGCAGACAGUACGGUGAAGAUCUGGACGGCCAGCAAGAGCAACAGCUACAGCGUCGCACAUACAAUUUCGGGACAUAGUGCGGAGGUGACGGGAUUGUGCGUGCACCCAACGAAGGAUUAUGUUGCUACGGCCUCGAUGGAUUCGUCGUGGGCGUUCCAUGACCUUGAGACUGGUUCGACGCUAUUGACGGGUCGCUCGGAUGAUGUGACCAAGGGCUAUUUUUCGGCAGCGUUUCAUCCCGAUGGACUAUUGUUCGGUACAGGCACGACAGAGACGGUCAAGAUUUGGGAUGUUCGUACAAAGGAAGCUGUUGCAUCGUUUGAUGGUCAUGUGGGCGCAGUCAAGACGAUGACGUUUAGCGAGAAUGGAUAUUUGAUGGCGGCCGCAGGAGAGAACAACGAAGUGAGCAUCUGGAAUUUGAGGACACUGGAGAUUGUGCAGAAGCUGAAGGUUGCGGACCAGGGCGUGAUCAAUGCCCUGGCCUGGGAUCAGUCCGGAACAUACCUUGGAGUCGGAGGCACUGACAUUCGUAUUUUCAAGGUCAAGACGUGGCAGGAGCUCGCUAACCUUUCGGAUAACACUGCUGAUAUCACAAGUCUUAAGUUUGGACCAUUGGGCGACUACCUUGUCUCUGGUGGUUUGGAUCGUGCCCUUCGCAUUCACGGUGUUUCCGAGUAAUAUCUGCGGGAUAUAGGCGAAUGGAGAUGGGGACGAUGUGGUACUGGAUGAUCGACAACCCAUUGUUGCCAAGGAUUUUAAUACGGCGCAUGAAUAUACUAUUAUUCUUCACCACCACGGAUGCUGUCUUGAUCGUCCUAUUGUCUGCUUUUUCAUCACCAUGGUCAACGAACUGUUCUGUUAUCUUGCAGUUAUGUAUUCUGACCAUGCAACGCUAGGAUUUUUUUUCUUUAUAUUUUAUUUC